AUGGACGACCUUCAGGUGGGUGUCCUAGGAGGAGGCCAAUUAGGAAGAAUGCUUGUCGAAGCAGCCCAUCGCCUGAACAUCAAAGUUUCUGUUCUCGACGCUGCAAAUGCUCCUGCCAAGCAGAUCAAUGCUCUGACAGAGCACGUUGAGGGUUCUUUUGCCAAAGCUGCCGACGUUCUCGCAUUGUCCCAGAAGUGUGACAUCCUUACGGUCGAGAUUGAGCAUGUCGAUACGAAAGUUCUCGAAGAGAUCUCGGAAAGAGAGCCACUGAAAGUCCAGCCAAACUGGCAGACGAUCAGGAUCAUCCAAGACAAAUACAGGCAGAAAGAAAAGCUCAUUCGAAAUGGCAUCCCCACAGCAGAGUCGAUGCCAUUUGGUACUGCAUCUCCUCAAGGUCUGAAGGAGAUAGCAGAUCGUCUAGGCUACCCUUUCAUGCUCAAGUCACGCACAGAAGCUUACGACGGACGGGGGAACUAUCCAGUCAGGUCUGUCUCAGAGAUUGAGAAAGCCAUCGCUACGCUCAAAGACAGGCCAUUAUAUGUCGAGCGGUGGGCAGAUUUUCAAAUGGAGCUGGCUGUAAUGGUUGUUAAGACAUCUUCGGCUGCGUCAACAUCCUCAUGGGAGACGUCCACCAAAGCAUUUCCUGUGGUUGAGACGGUUCACGAAGACAGCAUAUGCAAGCUCACCUACACACCUGCACGUGGCAUCUCCAAAACAGUCAAACUACAAGCACAAGAACUGGCGCGAAAAGCCGUUUCUGCCUUCGAAGGUCGAGGGGUCUUCGGUGUAGAAAUGUUCCUCCUCCAAGACUCGUCUCUUCUCAUUAAUGAAAUCGCUCCCCGACCCCACAACUCAGGCCAUUACACCAUAGAAGCAUGCCACAUGUCUCAAUACGAGGCACACCUCCGCGCAAUCCUCCCUAACCUGAGCAACACCAUAAUCCCGGAGGCCACCUCUCUGCUUACGCCCAACACCAACGCCAUCAUGCUCAACAUUCUCGGCGGUCCAACUCCCACCUCCCAUCUCAUCGUCGCUCGCGCUGCUCUCACUGUUCCCGGCGCUAAAAUCCACCUCUACGGCAAAGGUGAAGGGGGCCCCGGCCGGAAGAUGGGACACGUCACCCUGAUAGCACCCACUAUGAAAGAAGCCCAGGAGAAAUUACAGCCCCUCAUCAACCUCGUCGAUGCCAUCCGUAUCCACCGUUCCGAGGGACCAAGCACAUCACUAGAAACCAUUCUCGCGACCGCCCACACUCUCUCCAUUACCGACUCGUCCCGCGCACCCCUCAAGGCCAAGCCCCUGAUCGGCAUAACAAUGGGCUCCGACUCUGACCUUCCUACCCUGAAACCCGGACUUCAAAUACUAGAUGAUUUCCGCAUCCCGUAUGAAGUAACUAUAACCUCCGCCCACCGCACACCCGACCGGAUGCUACAAUACGCCCGCACCGCGUCCUCUCGCGGCCUAAAGGUCAUCAUCGCCGCGGCAGGAGGGGCCGCGCAUCUACCCGGCAUGAUUGCCUCUUCCACCCCACUACCUGUCAUCGGAGUACCCGUCAAGGGUAAAACGCUGGACGGGAUGGAUUCCUUACUUAGCAUUGUGCAGAUGCCGCGCGGGGUGCCGGUCGCGACGGUGGCGAUUGAUAACAGCGUCAACGCAGCGCUGCUGGCGGUCAGGGUUUUGGGGGUCGAGGAUGAGGACGUCAGGGCGAGGGUGGAGGGGUACAUGAUGGAGAUGCAGAAGGAGGUUUUGGCGAAGGCGGGAGUGUUGGAGGAGCGGGGCUGGAAGGAUUAUAGUGGUGGCAGUAAAUGA